CCGAGAGCUAGAGCCGAGGCAGCGCCAUGAGCCAGAAAUGCGACGUGCUCGUGGUCGGGGCCGGCAUCUCAGGUCUGUCGGCAGCCAAAUUGCUGACUGAGUCAGGGAUGAGUGUUGUGGUGUUGGAAGCCCGUGACAGAGUUGGAGGAAGAACUUUCACUGCAAGGAAUAAGCAAGUCCAGUAUGUGGACCUUGGAGGAGCAUAUGUGGGGCCGACACAAAAUCGCAUCCUGCGGUUGUCUAAGGAGCUAGGAAUAGAGACGUAUAAAGUGAAUGAAGUAGAACAUCUUAUUCACCAUGUCAAGGGUAAAAGUUAUCCCUUUAAGGGUGCAUUUCCUACUAUGUGGAACCCUUUUGUCAUCUUAGAUUUCAACAAUCUAUGGAGGACGAUGGAUGAAAUGGGAAAGGAGAUUCCUAAUGAAGCCCCAUGGAAGGCACCACAUGCAGAAGAAUGGGACAAAAUGUCUAUGCAAGAUUUCAUCGACAAAGUUUGUUGGACAAAUGCUAGUAAGAGGUUUGCAACACUGUUUGUGAAUGUGGAUGUCACCUCUGAGCCUCACGAGGUCUCUGCUCUCUGGUUCCUGUGGUACGUGAAGCAGUGCGGGGGGACAGGCAGGAUAUUCUCCACCACCAACGGUGGGCAGGAGAGGAAGUUUGUUGGAGGUUCUGGUCAGAUUAGUGAGAAGUUAAUGGAACUCUUGGGAGGCCGAGUGAAGCUAGAGAAACCUGUAGUCCGCAUUGAUCAAUCAGGUGAAAAUGUCAUUGUGGAGACCUUAGACCAUGAAUCAUAUGAGGCCAAGUAUGUUGUUAGUGCCAUUCCCCCAGUUCUUAAUUUGAAGAUUCAUUUCAACCCACCAUUACCACCAAUGAGAAACCAGCUGAUCAGCCGGGUUCCCAUGGGCUCAGUCAUCAAGUGCAUGGUAUACUACAAAGAACCUUUCUGGAGGAAAAAGGACUACUGUGGUACCAUGCUCAUUGAAGAUGAGGAAGCUGUCAUUGGAAUGACACUUGAUGAUACCAAACCCAGUUGCAGUGUUCCUGCCAUAAUGGGUUUUAUUCUCGCUCGGAAGUGUAGAAGACUGACACAUCUCACAAAGGAAGAAAGGAAGAAGAGGAUCUGCGAGCUCUAUGCGAAGGUUUUGGGAUCAGAGGAAGCCUUACAUCCAGUGCAUUAUGAAGAGAAGAACUGGUGUGAGGAGCAGUAUUCUGGCGGGUGCUACACAGCUUACUUCCCACCAGGGAUAAUGACACAGUUCGGAAGGAUCAUUCGCCAGCCAGUGGGUAGGAUCUACUUUGCUGGCACAGAGACAGCUACAGAAUGGAGUGGGUACAUGGAGGGGGCUGUGCAGGCUGGAGAGAGAGCAGCUAGAGAGAUACUGUGUUCUAUGGGGAAAAUCUCAGAAGGUGAAAUUUGGAAGUCAGAACCAGAAUCAGUUGAUGUCCCAGCCCAGCCAAUCACUACUACCUUUUGGGAGAGGAACUUGCCGUCUGUACCAGGACUGCUAAGGCUGGUUGGAUUUUCCACUUUCUUCACUUCAGUGGCUGCUGUUGGGCUGUUUGCCUACAAAAAGGGGCUGCUAGUUCGAAACUGAGAAAGGUGCCAGCACAAAGCUGCAUACUUGUUGUGUUCUUUUUCCAAAGUUUGUUUUGACGUGCACUUACCUGUCUUCAAAAGCAGAUCAGGACUGGUAACGGGGGUGGGGGAAAGUAGAGAUGCACCUUUAGAGUGAGGAUGAGUGGAGGGGUUCGGAUAAGGUAAGGACCCCCUGAAUAUUGACCUAUUUUUAGCACCAGUUCAGAUAAGGUAAGGACCCCCUGAAUGUUGACCUACUUUAAGCACCAUUAUUUGAGGUUCUGAGACAAUGGUGGGCAACCUGCAGCCCGUAGGCCUCAUGCGGCCGAUCAGGGUAAUCCGCUAGUGGACCGCCAGA